UUGCAGGCUGUCCCGGCUGUGAUUGACCUUCAGUUACAGAGGGUGGGAGCAGAGUGUCACCAAGUCUGAGAGUAACGACGCAACACAUUCCUUUUGGGCCAUUCACACUGUUUUCCUGUUUUCAAACUAUUUGGAGACUGCAUCAUCCUGCCUCUAGUAUCAGCAGUUUCUCUGUUCUGUGAUCAAUGUGAUUCACAGGAACCUCUUAAGUAACAAACGAAAUGAGCCAGGGGCGUGGAAAAUAUGACUUUUAUAUUGGUCUGGGAUUGGCUAUGAGCUCCAGCAUUUUCAUUGGAGGAAGUUUCAUUUUGAAAAAAAAAGGUCUUCUGCGACUUGCUAGAAAAGGCUCUAUGAGAGCAGGUCAAGGUGGCCAUGCAUAUCUUAAAGAAUGGUUGUGGUGGGCUGGACUGCUGUCAAUGGGAGCUGGCGAGGUGGCCAACUUUGCUGCAUACGCGUUUGCACCAGCCACGCUAGUGACUCCACUAGGAGCUCUCAGCGUCCUAGUGAGUGCCAUUCUUUCUUCGUACUUUUUAAGUGAAAGACUUAAUCUUCACGGGAAAAUUGGGUGUUUGCUAAGUAUUCUAGGAUCCACAGUUAUGGUCAUUCAUGCUCCAAAAGAAGAGGAGAUCGAGACUUUAAAUGAAAUGUCUCACAAGCUGGGUGAUCCAGGUUUUGUGGUCUUUGCAACACUUGUGGUCAUUGUGGCCUUGAUACUAAUCUUCGUGGUGGGUCCUCGCCAUGGACAGACAAACAUCCUUGUGUACAUAACAAUCUGCUCUGUAAUCGGGGCGUUUUCCGUGUCCUGUGUGAAGGGCCUGGGCAUCGCCAUCAAGGAGCUAUUUGCUGGGAAGCCUGUGCUGCAGCGCCCGCUGGCCUGGCUGCUGCUGCUGAGCCUGGUGGUCUGCGUGAGCACCCAGAUCAACUACCUGAACAAGGCCCUGGACAUAUUCAACACAUCCCUCGUGACGCCGAUAUAUUACGUGUUCUUCACAACAUCAGUCUUAACUUGUUCAGCUAUUCUUUUUAAGGAGUGGCAAGAUAUGCCGGUUGAUGAUGUCAUUGGUACUUUGAGUGGCUUUUUUACAAUCAUUGUGGGAAUAUUCUUGUUGCAUGCCUUUAAAGACGUCAGCUUUAGUCUAGCAACUCUUCCUGUGUCUUUCCGAAAAGAUGAAAAAGCAAUGAAUGGCAGUCUCUCUAAUAUGUAUGAAGUUCUUAAUAAUAAUGAAGAAAGCUUAACCUGUGGAAUCGAACAACACAAUGGUGAAAAUAUCUCCCGAAGAAAUGGAAAUCUGGCAGCUUUUUAAGAAAGGCGUAAUUAAAAGGUCAGUCUAUAAUUCUGUUUAAAGUGAUUUUGACUAUCAGAAUGUGUCUGAAAAAGCAUUGUCCUCAAAUGUUCUUUAAAGACAAUCUUUUUUAAGGUUUAACUAUUAAUAAUUUGGACCAGGAAAUUACUUUUCUUAUAUUUUAAAUGAUGGUAGCUCACUAAAAUGACUUCAAGUGCAUGACCAGUUUCUGUUAACAUUGUAUUAUUGUAGAGGUAUUUUACAUUUUGAUUCCUUCUCCAAAAUUUAAAUGCACUAAUGAUAGUCUUAAAUCUAUUAAAAAUGCUUUAUUUUUUCAUUGGUGAUGAAAGUCUGAAAUGUACAUUUGUCAUCCCCACUCCACCAAUCCCUGACCAUACAAUUAUGGCUUUUUUAUUUUAAGAAAGAACAAAAUUAUCCCAGUACAUGAUCCCGUGAUUUACCUUACCUGUCUGAUGAAUGAUUUUAGUUUUGAAAUGUUAGUUUAAGGAAAAACUAAGUUACUGAAUGAAGUAAACUCUUACAAAACAAAAAAAGGUAGUAAAUCAUCCCAAGUAUUUCUCAGGCUCUCACUUGUCACCACAAAUCCGGUUUCCUGUGUGCAUUCGAUGGCCUUCUCAGAACAGCACCUUAUCGAACCAGGGUACCCUGUGUCUGUUUGGCGGGGCUCUGCUUUGCAGCCUGACUGGGUUUAUUCUUUAGUUCCUCUAAUCCUGUGAUCCUGGGAACCUUGAUUACCAUUUUACAUCAACUCUUAUACUUUUCAGUAUAUUUUCAUAAUGAGUUAUAUUGUCAUUUAAACCUAACAACUCUGAGAAAUAAAAUCAGAAGACUAGGGUUAUUUCUUACGUUUAGCUCAUGUUAUGAUAAAAAG